UGGAUUUAACUCAAACUUAAAAUGUCACGAAACAGCGUACUGACUGAUGAGCAAAGCAAACUAAAUGCUCGCCUGGAAGCCCACAUGGUCUAUAUAUGUCCAGAAUGUGGGAAGGCGUUCCGAACACAAGCUGAAUGGCGACAGCAUUUGAACACGAAACACGAAUAUCUCAAGAAGACGUAUUCGGAUUUUAAUUUCAUUCAAAUCGACGAGAAUUUCCACGAAUGCCAGCUUUGUUUCAAGUGGGUGGAAAAUGCCCACAAAACAAUUGCACUGUUGCAGUAUCAUUACUUUAUGCAUCUGGAUCAUCGAGAAACAUACCGAUGCGUUCACUGUCGCCUGGCUUACACACGGCGACGGGCAUUGAACGAACACCUAUUGUCUACACAUCUGAAGGAGAUUGAGAAAUACGAGGCUAAGUUAAGGCAAUCGAAGCGAAACCAGGAUGAUAAAAAUUCAUCAACGAAGCAGCCUCGCAAACGCAAUGAUUUAUUGCAAAAGGCGCUAAUGGACAUUGAUCUGCAGGCUGAAGAUCAGGAUGCGUCAACAUCUUCAGCACUAUCUGCAGGUAAAGUCAAACCUAAUGACAGUGAACAGGCGUUAGAUCGUUGCCUAAAUGCCUACGAUGACAUUGUGCGUAAGGAAAAGCAAAAGGAUGAAUGCGAAGUAGAUUUGGAUACACUGUGCCAAGAAUUUUUCGAGGAGAGACUAGAGGACACUGUUAGUGCGGUAAAGUCAACUGAUGCACAUCCACAGCAAAGUAAGGAAGUAGUGAUCAUUGAAAUAGAUGCACUUGGCGAAGAUGAAGUGGAUAAGCUAAAAAAGAAAAUAAUGAAGCCAGAACCAGAUACAGACCCAGAAAUAACACCACCGUCCAAACGUCGACGUUUAUCACAAACACCCGAACCGGAAGGAGACGUAGAUGUCCCUACCAAUGGACUUGCCAAACUCAUCUCGUAUUUGUGUCCAAAGUGUGGCAAGGAAAUUGAAUCAAUGGACGACUGGCGUUCUCACGUCUUUAAAAAACAUAACUUUGAGCAUUUUAUUGAGAAUAGCUUUAAGAUCAAGGAUCGACAAAGUAUUUGCCUACAAUGUGACGAGGUGAUGCCAACUACCAAGCGCUCCUACCUGCAAAAGCAUUGUUUUAAGCAUUUACCAUAUCGUUCAUAUUUGAAGUGCAGCCUUUGUGAUCGGACCAAGACAAGCAUGUCCAAGAUGUACAAUCACAUACGAUACAACCACCAGGACGAGCUGCAUCGAAAGAACAAAACCCAAUUGCUUAUUAAGCCGGAGCCCAAAUGGACGAUACCGCCACGAGCAGUCCAGAAGCGGGAAAGUCCUGAACCCAAUCAGCGCAUAAGCGAUCCGGAUGAGGAACGCGCUUGUAAAUAUUGUAAUAAGACGUUCAAAACACUUUGGCGUUUCGAGCGUCAUGCAAAGCUUUGCAAGUCGAAUAUGGGCCAAAAAUCUACAGACGAUUUGUCAGUGGAUGCAUUGCUCAAACAUUUGCGAGAGGGACGAUUACGCGUCAAUACCAUAUGGAAGAAAAUGCAAAGGGAGAUCUAUUAGUGUU